CGACUAAUCAAUGUUCCUCGCAAUCACUUCACAGCUGACCUCCUCCAUCUCCUCCAUCCAUCUCUCGCUGUCCAGACUGAUAUAAGCACACCACCGUCACAAUGCCCCACCAUCAUCUCCUGCGUCUCAUCGACAUAUUGACAUAACUUCACCUUCAACAAAACUCUCAUCCCAGUCUGAUAUUACAAGUUUGCGUCGCUAUCAUUAUGACCGCCAUCACUUACCCCACCGCCCACACCACCACCGUCCAGAACCCACGCCUUCGACUACUCAACAACCUGAGGAAUAAGGUCCCUGCCUUGAUGACCUUCAUCGCCAUCCCCAGUGUCAGGCAUGCGCAGAUCAUCGCUCUAACUGGACUGGAUGGUGUGAUCGUUGACUGCGAGCAUGGUCACAUCGGUGACGACCAGAUGCACAAUUCGGUCUCUGCCAUCUCUGCUCUGGGCGUAAGCCCUAUCAUCCGAGUACGAGGUCCUCAACCAGACAUCCUCAAGCGAGCUUUGGACACCGGUGCCCAUGGUCUUAUGGUCCCCAUGAUUAAUACCGCCGAGGAAGCUUCCAGUGUCGUCAAGUACUCCAAGCUGCCGCCUCAAGGUCUCCGAGGACAAGGCUCUGCUUUCCCUGCUAUCGGUCACGGCCUCACCACCCCGGAAUACAUGAAGUCAGCCAACGAAACUAUCCUGACCAUAGUCCAAAUCGAGACCAGGGAGGGUGUCGAGAAUGUGGAUGCUAUUGCUGCCGUUCCAGGUGUCGACUAUCUCUUCAUCGGCCCCAACGACCUCGCUCAAUCACUUCUCGGGUAUACCCCAGCAAAAGGCGACGAACCUGUCUUUGUCGAGGCUAUCGCCAAGAUUGUUGCCGCCGCGAGGAAGCACGGCAAAUGGGUGGGUCGAUUGGUCAACGAUGGCCCUUUGGCUGUUCAGGCAUUGGAGACUUUUGACAGCGUGGCGAUUACCGGCGACACCAAGGCGAUCACAAACUGGUACACUCAGCAGAUCGCAUGUGUCCGGGAAUAGAUCGCUUUAUUAGAUCGCCUUAUCUUGAUACCAUCAACACGCAACGGUCUCUCAGUAGCAUUGGUUCAAUUCUGUACAGUGUCCCAUCAGGAUUUUGGAGUUGCAAAAUGCAUGCGCAUGGAUACCCAG